GGCGCAGCGGGUGCGGAAGCUGCACCAGGAGUCCGACAACACCACGUUCAGCGGGGGGGAGGACAACUGCGACAGCCGCUCCCAUCUGAGCAACGCCUCGGCCCCCAGCCACCCCGAGGCCGGCCCGAGCCGCAAGCGCUCACGCGCCUCCGACGACUCGGGGCCCGAGCCCGACCCUGAGACCUCGCACGACGGGGGGGGCUGCGGGACCCCUGAGCCAGGCGCCGAGCCGGGCAGCAGCGAGAUCGAACUCGUCUUCCGCCCCCACCCCGUGCUGGUGGAGAAAGGGGAAUACUCCCAGACCAGAUACGUGAAGACGACGGCUAACGCCACGGUGGACCACCUCUCCAAGUACCUGGCCUUGCGCAUUGCGCUGGAGGAGGCGCCGGCCCCUGGCCCCGAGGCCCCCGGCCUGGAGGACGUGAGCGAGAAGCAGUACACGAUCUACAUCACCACCUCCGGGGGGCCCUUCACGACCCUGAACGGCUCCCUCACCCUGGAGCUGGUGAACGAGAAGUUCUGGAAGGUCACCAAGCCGCUGGAGCUGUACUAUGCCCCCACCAAGGAGCAGAAGUAGGGGGGCCCCUCUGACCAGGACUGACCCGUCCCCCCAUGGAACUCAGCCCGGCGAUCGCCUUGCUGCUGCGCCCCCGUGUACAGCUGCUGGAGCCGGCAGGGCUGGGGCCCAAGCAGGGCCCCCAAAAAGCUGGAAACAUCCCCCCAAGGACGGGGUGCUGCUCCCAGGACAGACGCCUGCCCCUAAGGGGCUGUGUAGGGGCACCCCUAGAUUCUGCUUUGUCCCCUCUGCACAGGGGUGCCGCCUGCUGCUUCCCCCCAUGCUGGGGGUGGGAUUCGCUUUGGGGGCUUUUCAAAGUGGUUCUGCUGUUUGUGGCUCAUUAAGCAAUUUGGGUCUUUGAA